AUGAAUUAUCGGAGAGUUGUGAACAAGUGCGAGAAGAAAGCUGAGGCUCGAUCGUCACGGGAAGGCAAGACUCAGCCACGGUCUCAGGCGACCAUGGAGGGGACGUCCCUGUGGAUCUCCAUUCUUAUUUUACUCCUGCAAUGUACCCCCUCCAUUCCUGUCACUGUCUCGACCAACAAACAAAAGGUGGAGGUGCGAGAGUUCUCAGACGCUGUGCUGUCCUGCAUGUUUCGUACGGAGAGGGACCAGAAUCCACGCAUCGAGUGGAAGAAGAAGGGCAAAGAUGUUUCUUUCGUUUAUUUUGACGGGCACUUCCGAGGUUCAUUCGAGGGUCGCGCGAGCAUCGAAGGAGCCACCGUGACGUUGCGCCGGGUCACCCAGGAGGACGCCGGCGAGUACCGCUGCGAGAUCAGUGCUCCUCUAGACUCGGUCAAUUUGGGUGAGACCAACGUCACGCUCAGAGUCUUAGUGCCCCCCGACACACCGUCCUGCGAAAUCCCCAGUUCAGCAGUGACCGGCUCUGCUGUGCGGCUGCGCUGUAGCGACCAGCAGAGCGUCCCGCCCGCGACGUACGCAUGGUACAAGGACGACCAGCUGAUGAUCCCCCUGCGCCACGCCAACGCCACCUUUCUCAUCGACUCGCACACUGGAGUACUGGAGUUCAAAGCCGUGGCUAAAAAGGACAGCGGUCACUACAGCUGCCGGGCUUCCAACGGGGUGGGAAAGCCCACCGUGUGUCAGGGCAGGCACAUGACCAUAGAGGAUGUCAACAUAACCGCCGUGGUGGUGGCAGUACUGGUGAUCUCCCUGCUGUUGCUGGUCUGCGGAUGCGGGGGUUUCCUGAUGCGCCGCAACGGCUUCUUCACCCCAGGACACAGAGGAAGGUCUUUUUGGAUCUCCCAGUGUCACGGUGGCUCUCACAUCAGCAACCAAAACCUGAACAGAACAGAGGACACGUCCAAUGUCAACUAUAUCCCGCCGCCACAGGAACCACAGGAUUUCAAACACACGCAGUCGUUCAUGCUGUGA